AUGACCGUGCCGAGAGACAUCACUCUCGCGAAUAUUCGGAGUCAUCAGGGUGAUCCUUACGUCCCUUGCAGCUGUACUCUACAUGACACCUAUGGACCACAGGAGGAUCAUCUAGCCCAAACCCUUUCCGAAGAUGACGUUUCGAAGGAGCUGGAACGAGAGAAAACAAUUGCUGAACAGCCACCCAUUCCGAAUGGUGGAAUGCUCGCAUGGCUCCAAGUCCUUGGCUCGUUUUUCCUAUUCUUCAACAGCUGGGGCAUUACCAAUGCUUUCGGGGCCUUUCAGACAUACUACAACUCUCCCGGUGGGCUUUUGCCUACAGUUUCCAACUCGAAUCUCAGCUGGAUUGGGUCAUUGCAAGCAUUUUUGAUGCUGGUGGUGGGCAUUAUCACAGGCCCUUUGUACGACGCAGGCUAUUUCCGUCACCUCUUAUACUUCGGAUCUUUCCUCGUUGUUUUUGGCAUGAUGAUGACUUCGCUGGCUGGCAAUUAUUGGGAAGUGUUACUGGCUCAAGCUGUUACAAUUGGUGUUGGGAGCGGCUGUUUGUUCAUUCCAUCGGUUGCUAUCAUGCCUCAAUACUUCACCACCCGCAAAGUGAUUGCAACUGGCAUUGCCGCUUCCGGGUCCGCUAUUGCUGGGGUGAUCUAUCCCAUUGUCUUCUAUCGUCUUCAACCACAGAUUGGAUUUCCAUGGACUACUCGAGUACUUGGUUUCAUGAUGUUGGCCACAUUGAGCAUUCCAAUUGCAGUUAUGCGUGUCCGAGUGAAGGCAAUCGGAAAACGUUCCAUAUUCGACAAGGCUGCCCUCAAAGAGCCGCCAUACGUCCUGUUUACAAUUUCCACAUUCUUUCUUUUCGCUGGUACUUAUAUCCCAUUUUUCUAUAUGCCGGGUUAUGGUUUGAGUAUUGGGAUGGAUCCAGACUUAUCUUUCUAUACCAUCGCCAUGCUCAAUGCGGCUUCUACGUUUGGCCGACUGCUUCCAAGCUAUAUCGCGGACAGGGCUGGUCCAUUGAACGUGAUUACGCCUUUCACAAUAAUUACGGCGAUCAUCGCCUUCACCUGGACAGCGGCACACAACUUGGGUGGUGUUAUAGCCAUAUCCCUGUUAUACGGUCUAUUCAGUGGAGCGUUGGUCUCUCUUCCCCCCAGUACCAUCGUACACCUGAGCCCCAAGCUCGGAGCGGUUGGAACGCGAAUGGGUAUGACCUUUUUCAUAUCUGGACUUGGUCUGUUAGCUGGGAACCCGAUCGCAGGAGCUAUCCUUGGGUCCGACAACACUGGGUUUUUGGGAGUUCAAUUGCUUUGUGCCUGCUGCGUAUUGGCCAGCGGCAUCUUGAUGGUCGGCAGCAGGGUAUUCAAAGCGGGAGUUCAUAUUGGCGUGAGAGUUUAA